UUGAAGUUAUAAAUCCAUCCCCCACUUUCCCUUCUCCAUUCUGUUCUGUUCUGCUCUGUUUUGUCCCAUCUUCACUUUUCUCUGAACCUGCAAAACAAUGGCGUCCCUCUCUCACCACACCAAACUUUACAGCAAGACCCUCUCGGUCCCCCCGUUCAACUCCACGCCCUCUAUUUUCCAACCCAGAACCGUUGGGUUUUGGACCAAAGCGUUCACAAAACCGAGGCUCUUCGCGGAUUCUCCGAGGCCGGUGGUGUGUGUCCGAGCUGUGACAAACGAAGACGAGUGGGGCCCAGAGAAGGAGGAGUCCAACGGCGGUGGCGUGGCGGUGGCAGAGGCGGAGGAGAAACCGACGGAAAUCGAGAAGCUGAAGAAGGCUUUGGUGGAUUCGUUUUAUGGGACCGAUCGUGGACUCAAAGCAACCAGCGAAACCAGAGCGGAAAUUGUUGAGCUUAUUACUCAGCUCGAGGCCAAGAACCCCACACCUGCACCCACCGAUGCUUUGACACUGCUCAACGGAAAAUGGAUUCUAGCGUAUACAUCCUUUGUGGGUUUAUUCCCGUUGUUGUCAAGGGGAACACUGCCAUUGGUCAAGGUAGAGGAAAUAUCUCAGACCAUUGACUCGCUGAAUUUCACCGUCCAAAACUCUGUUCAGUUUGCGGGUCCAUUGGCCACCGCCUCAAUUAGUACUAAUGCCAAAUUUGAUGUUCGAAGUCCUAAACGUGUGCAGAUUAAGUUUGAGGAAGGCAUAAUUGGUACUCCACAGCUGACAGACUCGAUAGAGAUACCAGAGAAUGUGGAAUUUCUGGGGCAAAAGAUUGACCUUACGCCUUUCAAAGGCAUCAUUACCUCUGUGCAAGACACAGCCUCAUCAGUUGUGAGAACAAUUUCAAGUCAGCCUCCCUUGAAGAUCCCAAUUUCCAACAGCAACGCUCAGUCGUGGUUAUUAACUACAUACCUUGAUGAAGAAUUACGCAUCUCAAGGGGUGAUGGUGGCAGUGUAUUUGUUCUCAUUAAGGAAGGAAGCUCUCUUCUCACAAACUAAACAAAACAACUUGGUUUACUCUUGGAUAUUGUCUAGUUUAUGUUUAUAAAUAGUGUUUAUCUUUGUUAUAUAUAAUAUCUUAUGAACAUAAUGGGAGGGAAAGGCAUGAACUAAAUUUGUUGAGUUUUACCUGUAAUUGUGAAGGUAUAACUCAAUACUAAAAUUGUAGGCCUGCUUACCCUAGUUUCGGUGUUGUUGGAUUCAAAAGUUUGGUUGGCCCAAAAAUAUGUGUUCAUUCUUGUUUCCAUUCACAUCCUUAACCAGUUACUCAAUUACUAAAACCCAACCCAACAUGACCCUGUCGAUUCAAAAAAACCACGACCCUCUUCCC